AUGUCUGAUCCAAUAGAAACUGAAGAUGGUUGCUCCCAUGUUGUUGAUGAACAAAUAUCCCAGUUAGAUAACUUAGUUGUGCUAAUUGUUGAUGAGCACUUAAAGCCAAAAAUAGGAAUGACUUUCGAUAGUUUAGAAGAUGCUAAAAAAUUCUACAGAAAUUACGGAAAGGUCGAAGGUUUUGAUAUCCGUAAUAGCACAACAAAUUAUGGGAAGGAUAGAGAGUUAAUUUGCAAAAGUUAUGUUUGUUCGAAAGAAGGAGUGUUAAAGAGAAAAUCGUUGGAAAUUCGACGAUGUGGUACAAUUAGAACAAAUUGUAAGGCCUUGAUUCGCUUCAAAUUAGAUAAGAACAUUGGCAUAUGGAGUGUCUACAAGUUCGUGGAAGAACAUAAUCAUACAAUUACUUCACCGAGUAGAACACAUUUUCUAAGGGAAAACCGUGAGGUCACAAGUGCGAAGAAGACAUUAAUAAAGCAGUUUGGAGAGGUGAACAUUCCAACAAACAAGCAAAUGGCCUUCUUUGAAAACUCUAGCGGAGUUUUUCAUAGAAUUGGAUGCAUUGAGACCGAUGUGAGAAAUUAUGAAAGAGAUUUGAGAGAGGAGAGGCGUGGUCAUGAUGCACAAAUGAUGUUGGAUCAUUUCAAGUCGGAACAAGAGAAGAAUCCUUCAUUUUAUUAUGUUUAUGAAGUUGAUGCAGAGAAGCGCUUAACUCAUUGUUUUUGGGUGGAUGGCAUUGCUCGAAUGAAUUAUCAACACUUUGGCGAUGUUGUCUCCUUCGAUGCCACACAUAACACAAAUCAAUAUGGCUUGGUAUUUGUUCCAUUUGUAGGCAUAAAUCACCAUUGGCAAAGUAUUUUUUUAGGAUGUGGCUUGAUCCCAAACGAAGAGGCGAAGUCUUUUGUAUGGUUGUUUAACAAAUGGAUUGAAGCAAUGGGUCAUCCUCCUUCGGGCAUGAUUACUGAUCAAUGUCUUGGAAUAUGCAAGGCAAUUGAAACCGUUUUUCCAGAAAUUCGGCAUAGGUUUUGCAUUUGGCAUAUCUUGGACAAAGUUCCGGAGAAGUUGGGUUUUCCAGAAAUUCGGCAUAGGUUUUGCAUUUGGCAUAUCUUGGACAAAGUUCCGGAGAAGUUGGGUCAAUGGGCUUAUAGAACGGAAUUUAUGAAAUCUUUCAAAGAAAAUAUUUGGGACUCCGACGAUGCUAGCUCUUUUGAAGAGAAAUGGGUUUCAAUUAUUAAGAAAAAUGGAUUGGAAAAGCAUGAUUGGCUAAAUGAUAUCUAUGAAAUUCGUGAAAAAUGGGCUCCCGUUUAUCAUAAACAAUACUUUUGGGCAUUGGCUAAAUGA